AUGUCGAUCGUUGCCAUUCUUAAAGUUGACGGACCGCAUCCCUCUCCUCCCCAGCAAAUAAACAAGAUCUUGUUGAGAUGCAGAUCUGAGCUUGGCGUAGCAACUGGCGUCCGAAUCGGAGGUGGCAUGUCUUCCCGGAUCCGUGAAGAUGCCCUUGUAGGGCAGACUAGGGUGGACACCUGUCAGGCCUGUCAAGGAUCUGUCGCAAGAGACGAACACAGCAGACGGUUAACUAGUUCCACCGGCCUUGCUUGGCAACGGUCGCCGAGGUGCUCGGCAUGGCCAGCUGAGUCUGGCGUUUGUGAACGUCCAAGACACGAGGAGAUGCAAAUACUUUUGGAGCCCGGAGUUGAAAUGUUAACCGGAAGACAAGCGCAGACUUCCAAACGAUGGAUAUGGCCCUCCGAUUGUUCUCUAACUUAUUUUGAGUGGAAGCAUCAAGCCAUGAACCUGACUAUGAGGGCCCGGAUCGUUGCUGAGCUGAGCUGUUACGGGAUUCGAUAUCGGCUCCAGCCACAGUGA